UUGUAUAUACCCCAGGGUAUGCAACACACGUUGCUUGUAGUGGGUUUUGGCUCAGUGAAUAUUAAUAUACCAUAAAAUUAAAAGUUUAAAAACCGCACCAAAAAGUAGAACCAUCUUAGCUAAUUUAUGACUGAAAGGACCCAGGCCAUUUUUUUCUGGAUAUUUUGUGACCCUUCAUCAAGCCAGGACCUUGUGUAUGGCUCCAUGUGCCCAUAGGAUAAAGACAAAACCAAAAAAAGUGAUACAAUUCUUGAUACUUUUUUGUAUCUUUUGUAUCAAAGUAGUACAUUUCUGAGGAAAGAAGGUGCUCCUCACUGCUUCUAAAUAUUGUUUGGUGGUAUGUUAAAUAUACAUGGUGGUCUAGAAAAAAUAAUAGCAAGAUAUAGUAUUAGUAUAUAUUAUUGAAUAUAUCCUAAAAAAGCUCCAUUAUCAAGAUACCAGGUGGUGAAAAUUUCUACUCCACUGAUGAGAGUGAAUAAGAGCAAAACAGGAAUAUUAUUCAAAUAAUGCUAUGGUAUCCAAUGCAUGGUGCCGCACAUGUAAGAAUAGAGGACCCUUCUUACAUGCAUGUCUAGGUUGUGUCUAUUUUGGUUGUCACAAACAUAUUAGAGAGCAUACAAAAUCUCAAAAACAUAAUUUUUCACUUGAACUAAGCUAUGGACAGUUACAUUGUACUGCUUGUGGGGACUAUGUAUAUGAUGCAGAUAUUGAUGCGAUCACUAUGGAAAACAAGAUGAAUGCUGCCGAAUUUAGGAAAAGGUUAUUUGAAUGUACAUCAUGGGAUGCAACAGAAGAAGAAAGAGAUCUUCUCUCUCACAAAACCAAAAAAAUCUGCAUAACACCAGAAUGUACAAUAGGACUGAGAGGUUUGAUAAAUUUAGGAGCAACAUGUUUUAUGAAUUGUAUACUACAAGCACUUAUGCAUACUCCUUUACUGAGAGAUUACUUUCUUACUGAGAGGCAUAACUGCAAUAAUGUUCAAGGGGCCUGUUUUGUUUGUGAAAUAUCAAAACUGUAUCAAGAAUUUUAUAAUGGUGAUACAUUUCCGCUUGCUCUACCCUGCCUACUACAUUUAACCUGGAAACAUGCUACUCAUUUAGCUGGAUAUAGACAGCAAGAUGCUCAUGAGUUUUUCAUAGCAACAUUGAAUAUAUUGCAUAAUCAUUGUUUAGAUACAAUGCACAAAAAUAAUGAAUUAUUAGACAGAGAAAACGGCAAAUGUCCGUGCAUUAUAGAUAAAAUUUAUACUGGUAGCUUGCAGAGUGAUGUCGUUUGCCAGAAGUGCAACGUUGUUUCAACAAAAAUAGACCCUCUUUGGGACUUUUCUCUAGACCUAGGGCCAGUGACUUUGGGCGGGAAGCAGCCAACUUCAUUGUACGCUGUCCUAGAGCAAUUUACAAGGGCUGAAUUGUUAUCGUAUAUGUGCUCAAGCUGUGGAACCUCUCAGGAAAGCACGAAGCAACUCACUAUGAAAACACUGCCCAUAGUUAUAAAUUUCCAUUUGAAACGGUUCCAACAUUCUGAAGAGAUAAAAAAGAAAAUUUCCACGGUGAUCUCAUUCCCAGAAAUGCUUGACAUGACUCCGUUCAUGAGCAGCAGCAGUACUGAAAACCCCUAUCCUCAAGACAAUAGAUAUUCCUUGUUUGCAGUGAUAAACCAUGUAGGUACCUCAAUAAUGUCGGGCCACUACACGGCCUACGUCAGACAUCAUAGAGACAUUUGGUAUAAAUGUAACGACGAGAUUAUUACUAGAGCUAAGUUUGAAGAAGUUUUGGCGUCGGAAGGGUAAGAAAGGGUAUCCUUAUCUUAUUUAUAUUAAGCCAGUAUGCAUAGUAAACGUAUACACUGUUUUUGAAAAAGGUCCCACAACUAUUUUCUGCACGGGUCAAGUUAAGCUGAAAUUUCGGUAGGUGAACAGGAUGAUAUGACGUAAAAGUGACAGCUGAUAAUCUUAAGAUGGUGGCUGGGAGUUAUCUUGGAACAUUUUUUAUGAUGCCUAACCGCCAUCUUGAUAUUUUAAACUGGAACGUUUACGAUAAAAUAGAAAACAUGGAUAAAUUUCAUCAAUCCGAAUUUCGUCUUGCUAACUUGACCCGUUCAACUGUAUAGUGAGAAAUUGUGACAAGGAGGUUUCAAGAUUAUCAAAUAUGUACAUCAAGGAAAGAAUAUUUGACCCUUCAAAAAGGGUGUCCUCAACUAUUUUGUUUUCCAAUUAUCGCGAGACGUUUGGAUUUUCUUUGCAAACAUAGAUUAUUUUAGAAAUGCGGGUAUCGAAAACUAUGGCCGUUAUAGUUAUACUACUACUUACGAUAUCUUUGAUGUUAUCAAUGACUUUUUUCAGGUAUUUGCUAUUUUAUCAUAAACACGUUCUAGAUUAUGAAUGAAAAAGCGGGAAAAAUUCAGCGAUAUCAACGAUGUGAUAUGGACUCCAUGAUAUUUUUCCUAUCGUGUAGCUUAAUGUGAUUCUUUUUUAAUGUUCUAGGUAUAGUUAUAUUAUUAUGAUUGAUUCAAUUUUUAUCUGCAAGUCUUUUUACUUGAUUAGAAAUGAUAUACCGUUUACCGUUUCUGUAUAUGUAUGAUAUUUUUGGACCUUUUGUCGUGAUCAUUUUAUUAAACAAUUUGUAAAACC